GAAGGGCGGCGGAAGGGGUGGGCUCUGAGAGCGGCUCGGCAGGAGAGGCGGCGGGGUGAGGAGGGUCGGGCCGCCCGCGCUCUCUCCUCCUGGCUGUUCGUUCCCGUGUUUUCCGGCGGAGGAAGGUUCAGAGCAUGGAGAAUGAUGAACUUCCGUCAGAGGAUGGGAUGGAUUGGUGUGGGAUUAUACUUAAUCGCAAGUGCGGCAGCAUUUUACUAUGUCUUUGAAAUCAAUGAGACUUACAACAGACUAGCACUGGAGCACAUCCAGCAACCUCCUGAAAAACUGAGAGAAGAAACGACCUGGAUGCACUCCUUAAAAACACGGCUGCUGUCCGUACCCUUUUGGCUGUGGACUAUUAUCUUCUUGAUCCCUUAUUUACAAAUGUUCCUGUUCCUUUAUUCCUGUACAAGAGCUGAUCCCAAAACAGUGGGCUACUGUAUUAUUCCGAUUUGCCUGGCUGUCGUUUGCAAUCGUCACCAAACAUUUGCGAAGGCCUCCAACCAAAUUAGCAGAUUGCAACUGAUUGACACUUAAACCCAUCUGCGUUUCCCGAUGAACGCUUUUAGAUAACCUGAAGGAUCUUGGCUGCAUCAAUUGAACAUACAAAUGGAAUGUGAAAUUCUUUUUCUCCACGUUAACUACUGAAUAGAGCAUCAACCUAUUUUUUGAAUAAGUUGACUUUGAGUAUGGAUGCAUUCUAUUUGGUGGAAUAACUGAGCUUUCUUUGAGACUCGAGAUGACAUUCUUCAUAUUUGCCUUAUAAUGCAGAAUUUCUACACUCCUGAAGUUUUUGUGGAGAAAACCUAUUUGAAACCUUAUUUCACUGUGCACCCCCCCUUUUAUCUUCAAGCUUCCCUCAGGAGAAGGAUCAGUGAAAACAGACUUUUCCUUUGUUAUAAUCUGUAAAGUUUGGAAUGAUCAUAAACUCGCAUUUAAGAUAUUGUGCUUUUUCCUUAAAUAAUGUUGCACUCAAUAAAACAGGGCUUCGUUCACACACAUGACUAAAAGAAAAUGAGCCCUUUG